GAAGUUAUGCCUUAGAAAACCAGUCUUUGCUGGAACAAGAUGCUUUAAAAGUAAUAAUUGAUUUAUAAUAAAAUAAUAAAGUGAUCUUUUUUUCUCUUUUUGCUAAUGUACAGCCAGAUUCUCCUGAAUAUAAAGCUGCUUGUAAACUCUGGGAUUUGUACCUUCGAACAAGAAAUGAGUUUGUUCAGAAAGGAGAAGCAGAUGAUGAUGAUGAUGAUGAAGAUGUGCAAGACAAUCAAGGCACAGUAACUGAAGGAUCUUCUCCAAGUUACUUAAAGGAGAUCCUGGAGCAGCUUCUUGAAGCCAUAGUUGUAGCCACAAAUCCGUCAGGACAUCUCAUUAGCGAACUUUUUCAGAAACUGCCUUCUAAAGUGCAAUAUCCAGACUAUUAUGCAAUAAUUAAGGAACCUAUAGAUCUCAAGACCAUUGCCCAGAGGAUACAGAAUGGAAGCUACAAGAGUAUUCAUGCAAUGGCCAAAGAUAUAGAUCUCCUAGCAAAAAAUGCCAAAACUUAUAAUGAGCCUGGUUCUCAAGUAUUCAAGGAUGCAAAUUCUAUUAAAAAAAUAUUUUAUAUGAAAAAGGCAGAAAUUGAACAUGAAAUGGCUAAGUCAAGCCUUCGAAUGAGGACUUCAUCAAAUUUGGCUGCAGCCAGGCUGACAGGUUCCACGCACAGUAAAGGCAGCCUUGGUGACGAGAGAAAUCCCACUAGCAAGUAUUACCGUAAUAAAAGAGCGGUCCAAGGGGGUCGUUUAUCAGCAAUUACCAUGGCACUUCAGUAUGGCUCAGAAAGUGAAGAGGAUGCUGCUUUAGCUGCUGCACGUUAUGAAGAAGGAGAAUCGGAAGCAGAGAGCAUUACUUCAUUUAUGGAUGUUUCAAAUCCUUUUUAUCAGCUUUAUGACACAGUUAGGAGCUGUCGGAAUAACCAAGGGCAGCUAAUUGCUGAACCUUUUUUGCAUUUGCCCUCAAAGAAAAAAUACCCUGAUUAUUAUCAGCAAAUUAAAAUGCCCAUAUCACUACAACAGAUCAGAAUGAAACUAAAGAACCAAGAGUAUGAAACUUUGGAUCAUUUGGAGUGUGAUCUGAAUUUGAUGUUUGAAAAUGCCAAACGCUAUAAUGUUCCCAAUUCAGCCAUAUACAAGCGAGUUCUAAAAUUGCAGCAAGUCAUGCAGGCAAAGAAGAAGGAGCUUGCCAGGAGAGACGACAUUGAGGAUGGAGACAGCAUGAUUUCUUCAGCCACUUCAGAUACUAGUAGUGCCAAAAGAAAAAGUAAAAAGAACAUAAGAAAGCAGCGAAUGAAAAUCUUAUUCAAUGUUGUUCUUGAAGCUCGUGAGCCAGGUUCAGGCAGAAGACUUUGUGAUCUAUUUAUGGUUAAACCAUCCAAAAAGGACUAUCCUGAUUACUAUAAAAUCAUUUUGGAGCCAAUGGACUUGAAAAUAAUUGAGCAUAACAUCCGCAAUGACAAAUAUGCAGGGGAAGAGGGAAUGAUAGAAGACAUGAAGUUGAUGUUUCGGAAUGCCAGGCACUAUAAUGAGGAGGGCUCCCAGGUGUACAACGAUGCACACAUCCUGGAGAAGUUACUCAAGGAUAAAAGGAAAGAGCUGGGCCCACUGCCUGAUGAUGAUGACAUGGCUUCUCCCAAACUCAAGCUGAGUAGGAAGAGUGGCGUCUCUCCUAAAAAAUCAAAAUAUAUGACUCCAAUGCAGCAGAAACUAAAUGAAGUCUAUGAAGCGGUAAAGAACUAUACUGAUAAGAGGGGUCGCCGCCUCAGUGCCAUAUUUCUUAGACUUCCCUCCAGAUCUGAGCUGCCUGACUACUAUCUGACCAUUAAAAAGCCCAUGGACAUGGAAAAAAUUCGAAGUCAUAUGAUGGCCAACAAAUACCAAGAUAUAGACUCUAUGGUUGAGGACUUUGUUAUGAUGUUUAACAAUGCCUGUACAUACAAUGAGCCUGAGUCUUUGAUCUACAAAGAUGCCCUUGUCCUACACAAAGUCCUGCUUGAAACUCGGAGAGACCUAGAGGGAGAUGAGGACUCUCAUGUUCCAAAUGUUACCUUGCUGAUUCAAGAGCUUAUCCACAAUCUUUUUGUGUCAGUCAUGAGUCACCAAGAUGAUGAGGGAAGAUGCUACAGCGAUUCCUUAGCAGAAAUUCCUGCUGUGGAUCCCAGCUUUCCAAACAAACCUCCUCUUACUUUUGACAUAAUUAGGAAGAAUGUUGAAAAUAAUCGCUAUCGGCGUCUGGAUUUAUUUCAAGAGCAUAUGUUUGAAGUGUUAGAAAGAGCAAGAAGGAUGAAUCGGACAGAUUCCGAAAUAUACGAAGAUGCGGUAGAACUUCAGCAGUUUUUCAUUAAAAUUCGUGAUGAACUCUGCAAAAAUGGAGAGAUCCUUCUUUCACCAGCACUCAGCUAUACUACAAAACAUUUGCAUAAUGAUGUGGAGAAAGAGAAAAAGGAAAAAUUACCAAAAGAAAUAGAGGAAGAUAAACUAAAACGAGAAGAAGAAAAAAGAGAGGCUGAAAAGAGUGAAGAUUCCUCAGGUGCUGCAGGCCUCUCAGGUUUACAUCGCACAUACAGCCAGGACUGCAGCUUUAAGAACAGCAUGUACCAUGUUGGGGAUUACGUCUAUGUAGAGCCUGCAGAAGCCAGCCUACAGCCACAUAUAGUCUGUAUUGAGAGACUUUGGGAAGAUUCUGCUGGCGAAAAAUGGUUGUAUGGCUGUUGGUUUUAUCGGCCAAAUGAAACAUUCCAUCUGGCUACACGAAAAUUCCUAGAAAAAGAAGUUUUUAAGAGUGACUAUUAUAAUAAAGUUCCUGUUAGUAAAAUUCUAGGAAAAUGUGUGGUCAUGUUUGUCAAGGAAUACUUUAAAUUAUGCCCAGAAAACUUUCGAGAUGAGGAUGUUUUUGUCUGUGAAUCACGGUAUUCUGCCAAAACCAAAUCUUUUAAGAAGAUUAAAUUGUGGACCAUGCCUAUCAGUUCAGUUAGGUUUGUCCCUCGGGAUGUACCCUUGCCUGUGGUCCGAGUGGCCUCUGUAUUUGCAAAUGCAGAUAAAGGGGAUGAUGAGAAGAACACAGACAACUCAGAAGAUAGUCGAACUGAAGACAGCUUUAACUUGGAAAAGGAGAAAGAAGAUGUCCCUGUGGAAAUGUCCAAUGGUGAACCAGGUUGCCACUACUUUGAGCAGCUCCGUUACAACGACAUGUGGCUAAAGGUUGGCGACUGUGUCUUCAUCAAGUCCCAUGGCCUGGUGCGCCCUCGUGUGGGCAGAAUUGAAAAGGUAUGGGUCCGAGAUGGAGCUGCAUAUUUUUAUGGCCCCAUCUUCAUUCACCCAGAAGAGACGGAACAUGAGCCCACAAAAAUGUUCUACAAAAAAGAAGUGUUUCUGAGUAAUCUGGAAGAAACCUGCCCUAUGACGUGUAUUCUGGGAAAGUGUGCUGUGUUGUCAUUUAAGGACUUCCUCUCCUGCAGGCCAACUGAAAUACCAGAAAAUGAUGUUCUGCUUUGUGAGAGCCGUUACAACGAGAGUGACAAGCAAAUGAAGAAAUUCAAGGGAUUGAAGAGGUUUUCACUCUCUGCUAAAGUGGUAGAUGAUGAAAUUUAUUACUUCAGAAAACCAAUUGUUCCACAGAAGGAGCCCUCACCUUUGUUAGAAAAGAAGAUCCAGUUACUAGAAGCUAAGUUUGCUGAGUUAGAAGGUGGAGAUGAUGAUAUUGAAGAGAUGGGAGAAGAAGAUAGUGAGGUCAUUGAGCCUCCUUCUCUGCCUCAACUUCAGACUCCCUUGGCCAGUGAGCUGGAUCUCAUGCCCUACACACCCCCACAGUCUACCCCAAAGUCUGCCAAAGGCAGUGCAAAGAAGGAAGGCUCCAAACGAAAAAUCAACAUGAGUGGCUACAUCCUGUUCAGCAGUGAGAUGAGAGCUGUGAUUAAGGCCCAGCACCCAGACUACUCUUUUGGGGAGCUCAGCCGACUGGUGGGGACAGAAUGGAGAAACCUUGAGACAGCCAAAAAAGCAGAAUAUGAAGGCAUGAUGGGUGGCUAUCCGCCAGGCCUUCCACCUUUGCAGGGCCCAGUUGAUGGCCUUGUUAGCAUGGGCAGCAUGCAGCCACUUCACCCUGGGGGGCCUCCACCCCACCAUCUUCCGCCAGGUGUGCCUGGCCUCCCGGGCAUCCCACCACCGGGUGUAAUGAACCAAGGGGUGGCCCCUAUGGUAGGGACUCCGGCACCAGGUGGAAGUCCAUAUGGACAGCAGGUAGGAGUUUUGGGGCCUCCAGGGCAGCAGGCACCACCUCCAUAUCCUGGCCCACAUCCAGCUGGCCCCCCUGUCAUACAGCAGCCAACAACGCCCAUGUUUGUGGCUCCUCCACCGAAGACCCAACGGCUUCUCCACUCAGAAGCCUAUUUGAAAUACAUUGAAGGACUCAGUGCUGAGUCCAACAGCAUCAGCAAGUGGGACCAGACUCUGGCAGCUCGAAGGCGUGAUGUCCAUUUGUCAAAAGAACAAGAGAGCCGCCUACCCUCUCACUGGCUGAAAAGUAAAGGGGCCCACACCACCAUGGCAGAUGCCCUCUGGCGCCUCCGGGAUUUGAUGCUCCGAGACACCCUCAACAUUCGCCAAGCAUACAAUCUAGAAAACCUUUAAUCACAUCUAUUACGUUUCUUUUAUAGAAGCAUAAAGAGUUUUGUGGAAUAGUAGCCACAUAGUUACUGGGGGUGGGGGGAGGAACAAAGGCUGAUAAUUUUUAUUGCAUUUUACUGUACAUCACAAGGCCAUUUUUAUAUAAGGACACUUUUAAUAAGCUAUUUCAAUUUGUUUUUGUUAUAUUAAGUUGACUUUAUCAAAUACACAAAGAUUUUUUGCAUAUGUUUCCUUCGUUUAAAACCAGUUUCAUAUUGGUUGUAUAUGUAGACUUGGAGUUUUAUCUUUUUACUUGUUGCCAUGAACUGAAACCAUCAAAGGUUUUGUCUUGGAUUGGGGUUUUUGGUUUUUUGUUUUUAUAAAAGAACAGUGGGGGGAGGGGAAUAUACAACACACACACGUUUACAGAUUAGUUUAAGUUGAUAAUGAAAUGUGAAGUUGGUCCUAGUUUACAUCAGAGAGGGAGUGUACUUGUGUCUGUUUCAUGUGCCUGACUAUGUUAAGCCACUUUAGCAAAAAGUGUUUGUUACAGGUGAAGUGAAAGAUUGUUAUUUAGGUUAUAUGUGUUUGGCAGACAUGGCACAUCUGCUCUAUUAACUCAAGAGGCUCGCUGCAGAAAUCUGAAGUCAGUGCUGUGCAUCCUUCUGCAGCUGGUGCAUCUCCCAGACACCUGGAAGGAGAGAGCCUUUUUCUUGUGCUGAGUUAGCUAUCUUUGGUGUCAGUUAUUUUUAUAGAACAUGUGCACAACCCUGAAUUAUAUUUAGUUUUGACAGGUAAGUUUAAGGGUACUUUUGAUCUAUUUAUAAUAAUUCACAAUUUAUGCCUAUACAUGUUAGAUGAUUUAAAAUUUUAAAUCUCUUACAUUGAAAAACAUUGAAUUUCAUCUUGAAGAAAGCAUUGAGGCGUCCGUGGAGGUAAUUUAUUUUUAAACAUAACACCUAACCUGACAUAGGGAAGGGGGUGCAUCACCAGAUAUGAGCUGUGUCAGAAGCAUAAUUGUAAAUGGUAAAUCGCCUGCAUAUGCAAAUGUUUUAGCAUUCUUUGUUUCCUCAUCAGAUGUGGCUUUUUUUUCUUCUUCUAAGUUUCAUCGUUGUAAUUCUCAACAAGAAAUUUAAAACUUUCUAAAAUAUUUAAAAUUUAGCCUGUGCUUUUAAAUUUCAAGAGAAAGGAAUCAUAAUUUAAGAAAAUGCUCAUGAAAAAGAUCAUUACAGAUCCCAAACACUUGGGUUCGAUGACCCUGUCUCUCUUAUAUGACCCUAGAAUAAACAUUUGGAGGCAGUGUAUGAUGUUCAGGCAGGUAAAAAGCACCAAACAUGGAACAGGGUUUCACUAGGCCUUUUGGAAACCUGCUUUGUUGUAACAAGGUGGUUGCCAUUGUGGUUGACCUUCCACUGCUGUUUGUAAUUUAAAAGAGUGACUCUCAGAGGAUACUUUUUUUCUUUUAGUCUGGUAUGACUCAAUACCUGGAUAUUUAAUUACCAUUCUUACUAUAAAUCAUGGGGACAAAAGAGUGUAGAAUGGAAAAAAGUCUCUUGUAUCUAGAUAGAAGGCCCUUGUAACUUAAUUGCCUAUAGUCAACCACUGGAUCUCAGUUUGCAUCAAGUAUUUUAAAUAAUUCCGAAUUUUUAAAAAAUGUAUUACAGUAGUAUGUCAGUACCUUAUUGUUAAACUGAAUCAGAUAAAGAAAUCUUCAGUUCCUGGUUAUUUGGGCCAUUGAAUCAUCAUGGAUUGUAUAAUACAAUCAGAUUAUUUUAUUUCUAGACAUCCUUGAAUUACACCAAAGAACCUGAAAUUUAAUUUUGGUUAAGUUAUUUAUUUAUUUCAUGUGCCCAUUUUAUUUCCCUUUUUAAGGCCUGGGUGAGACUUCUUGGGAAGCCUCUAAAAACUCUUUACUGUGGGCUAUAUGUGGGGCAUUAGAAACCAGAGCACUCCUCCUCUGGGCUCCUUCCCAGUAUCUGGAGGUGCUGUAGGAACCAUAGAUCCGGCCAGGAGCUUCUCUAAGGCAGUGCAAAGCCAGGCCAAGGGGUCACUAGACAGGCCCUAAUUAAGUUUUUCUUUAAAAAAAAAUAUUUAUUUUAGAAUCAUGUCUUUCUGUAUAUUAACUAGGAGAAUAUCAGUUAAUACUUAGAAUAUAAGAUUUGAGGUCAUCCAUCUUCCAAAAAAGAAAAACAAAAAAAAAUUUCUGAUUUAAGAAAGUACAAGUUAACUAUACAUCUUUUUUUUCCCAUGAGUUUUAGGUACUGUAGUGAUAUGGCUUAGAAAGCAUAAUGGCCUAAGUAUUUUCGAGAUGUAAGUUCAUGUGGAAAAGAAUUGUGUUGGGGGGGGAGACUAUAGGUUUAAAGUAGUAUGUCCGCCAACUGAUUUAAAAGGCCUUGAAUUGUUUUGUUUUUGAAACCACCCCUCUCUUCCUAUGAGGAAGAAUUGAGAGGGGACAUUUCUUUGUGUAAAACUUCCAAAUUGGUGGUGUUGACUUUUGAGCUUGAAAAUUUUCAGACCUGAUUAAAACUUGGUUUAUUCUAAUUUCUGUAUCAAAAGAGUUUUAAGUGGUAACUAGUCUUAUAACAUGUAUGUAUCAUAUUUUUGUUCAUCUAAAGCUUUUUAAUCCAAAUAAAAAUGGAGUUUGCAAAAUGA